AUUAUGCGUUAGGGGUUGUGAAAACUUUUUUACAUGUCUUUAAAGUUUUUUUUAAUUUUUGUCAAAACAGUAAUAAUCUUUUGUAUUAUAUUACUACUACUUAAUUUAGUGUUGUGUUUUAUGAUGAUUUAUUUGGAAAUUAAAAUGUUCCCGUGUAAAUGUUAGCAUCCCGCAUCGCACCAUACAUACGCCAAGUAUAUAAAAUUUGAAGUAAAUAAAUAAUCUUCAAUCUAGCUGAGAAGUUUUAUUAGGAGUAUGUUAUUACUACUAUCAAUCAAGUCCACAGUGUUGAGUGAAUAAUUAAUUAUAUAUAAAUAACUAGAGCUUCUUCAUCAUCCUCCUCUAGCUGCAAAUCUCUGCCCACCAACACUCUCCCCAAGCAAAUCAACGUUUUAAAUCUACCAAUUUCAUGAAAUACAAUUCAUAUGUCCCUUCAUUUUGUUUCCUUGUUUGGAAGGUUUGGUAGAAAUCUAAUACUCCAAAAUCCACUAUCUGGUGCUCUUUAAUCCAUCAAUCAGAUAUUGUAAUUCGUGUGAUUUCUGCGAUGGUUUCGUGUGAUUUCUGUGGCGAGCGGCAGGCGAUACUCUACUGCCGCGCGGACAGCGCCAAGCUCUGCCUCUCAUGUGACCAGCACGUGCACUGCGCCAACGCCCUCUCAAAGAAGCAUCUCCGCUCCCAGAUCUGCGACAACUGCGCCGCCGAGCCGGCGUCCUUCCGCUGCUCCACCGACGGCCUCGUGCUCUGCCAGGAUUGCGAUUGGGACGCGCACGGCAGCCGCCUCGUGGCCGCCGCCCACGAUCGCUGCCCUAUCGACAGUUUCUCGGGCUGUCCGUCGGCGUUCGAGCUCGCGGCGGCCUGGGGUUUGGAGAUUGAGGAGAAGAAGCCAGCGUCUUGCGAGUGGGGAGGGUUGCUGGAGGAGCUCAUGGUGCCGAAUGCGAGUUCGAUGAUUUAUUCCGACUGCGGGGGCGAAUUGGUGAAGAAGAAGAAGAAUCCGAGCUGCGGGAAGCAGAAGCAGGUGAUUUUGAAGCAGCUAAUCGAAUUGAUAGCGGAUGGCGGCGGCGGAGAUGGGGAGGAUGUAGGACCGGGGACACCGAGCGGCGGUGCGUGGCGACAGGAGAGUUUUUGCGGACAGUAUGAGGAGCAACCUCAAGAGCAGCAGCAGGAAUUGCCGCAGGGCGGAGGGUUUACGUCGUUGCUAAUGUUGCAGACGCCGGCCAAUCAGAAGGAGGAACGCAACAUGUUGUGGAACACCACUGCAUGUGAUCACAGCGCGCAGAUAUGGGACUUCAACCUGGGACAAUUGAGGGGCCAUGAGGAGUCUAGCCCUGUUGAACUAGAAUUUGGAGGAAGUGACGUGUACACUAUGAAAAGGUAUGGGGAACUACUGAAAGAAGCAUCCUUGGCCAAGAGAAGAGGGGUGGAUGUCUCUGGAGUGAACUGUUCUAUCACCCAGGAAGAUAUAAUCCCCUUUAAUAGUGCCACCAAUAACCAGACGCCUAGUCAGGGGCCUGCUACAUCAGAGAGCAAUAAUGCACCUGUAGCAAGGCCAUCAUCAUGUUCAGGUUUAACCAAACCUGAAUCCUUAGGUGGUUCAAAAGAUAUGCAGUUCACGAGUCAGUCUAUUCUAAUGACGAGUGAAAGUGUGGCAGCUAUGUCAAAGAGUGACAUGGAGCUUCUGGCAAAGAAUAGAGGCAAUGCUAUGCAACGAUACAAGGAGAAGAAGAAAACAAGAAGAUAUGACAAGCACAUACGAUAUGAAUCAAGAAAAGCACGAGCGGAUACCAGGAAGCGAGUGAAGGGCCGAUUUGUGAAAGCUCAUGAAGCUCCAGCGGGAUGAGUAGAGUUCAUAGUUGAUGACAUCUAAUUUUGUCUGUAUGUAAAUAAUUGUUGCUUCAGAUUAUAUGUAUAAUUAUCUAACCAUCACGCCCCUCUUCGAAACAAGUCGUGUGAUUUUAGCUGAUUUCGUUUUGUCCUGGUAAACUUUAUUGUGCCAAAUUAGGGCGAUAAUAGAGUUAGUGUCGGUCUCAGUGAUGGGCAUGGAUAUGAAUAUGAAUAUGAUGAUUCUUGUUUUUGGAACUAACUUAGUUCCAGUUGCACCCCAUA